AUGGGUGAGAGGGAAAAAGGUAAGAAGAUCUUUAUGCAGAGGUGUGCACAGUGUCACACUGUUGAAUUAAACGGCAAGCACAAAACUGGACCCAAUCUAAAUGGCCUCUUCGGCCGCCAAACUGGUCAGGCUUCUGGCUAUAUUUACACUUAUGCCAACAAGGCCAAGAGUAUCACGUGGGACAAAGAUAAUCUGGAUAUCUACUUGACCAACCCCAAGAAAUUUAUUCCAGGCACAAAGAUGGUGUUCGUUGGUCUUAACAAGAAGAAUGAGCGUGUAGACUUGAUUGCUUACCUGGAAACCUCCACCAAGUAG